UCAAAAACAGCUAGUCAGCAUCUUGGUCACGCCUUCGCACCCCUCUAUAAAAACAAACUUUCCUAAUCUUUGUUUUCCAUGAACCCCUUCUUCACACCGAUUCAGCAAAAUACCCCAUUCAAAAAUCAAAUCUCUCUCUCUCUCUCUUUCUCUCUUUUUGAUUCUUCUUCUUCAUUACUUGUUCUUAUGGAGCUGAUUCCUGGUCUUCCUGAUGAUGUUGCUCGUGAUUGUCUUGUUCGUGUUAUGUACAAGCAGUUCCCCACCGUUGUAUCAGUCUGCAAAGGAUGGAGAAGUGAGCUUGAGUUGCCGGAAUUUAGCCGCCGCAGGAAAAAUACUUGUAGUAGUCAAAGGCUCAUCGUUAUGGCUCAAGCACGAAUCGACCAAAAGGAGGGUUCUAGUGCUAUGAAGUAUGGGGCUAGCCCGAUUUAUAGGCUUACUCUUCUUGAACUGGAUACUGGUGAUUGGUGCGAGUUGCCUCUGAUUCCUGAGGUUUCUAAUGGCUUGCCGAUGUUUUGUCGUGUGGUAAGCGUCGGAUCCGAAAUUGUGGUUUUGGGCGGUAUGGAUCCGACGAGUUGGGAAGUUUCGAAUUCGGUUUUUGUUUUUGAUUUCGUUUCGGCAACGUGGCGACGUGGAGCUGAUAUGCCAGGUGUAAGGCGAUCAUUUUUUGGGUGCGCGUCUGAUUCUGAUCGGACGGUGUUCGUUGUCGGUGGCCAUGACGACGAGAAAAAUGCGCUGAGAUCCGGAAUGGUUUAUGACGUGGCAAAAGAUGAGUGGGCUCCACUGCCUGACUUGGCAAGGGAACGUGAUGAGUGCAAGGCACUUUUCCACGAUGGCAAGCUCCACGUUAUUGGCGGGUAUUGUACUGAAAUGCAAGGUCGAUUUGAAAAAACUGCUGAGGUGUUCGAUGUUGCUACUUGGAAGUGGAAUGGUAUGCAAGAGAACUUCUUAGCAUAUGCCAUGUGUCCUAGAAGCUGCACAAGUGGCAAUGAUCAAUUGUACACGUGUCAUGGAACUGAUGUGUUGGCAUUUAAAGACACCACGUGGCAAGCUGUUGCCAAACUUCCUGCUGACGUGCACAAUAUUGCUCAUGUGGAAGCAUUGCAGGGUAAAUUGUCUGUGAUUGGCUCAGCAGGAUUCGGAGAGCCAUACGUGGGGUAUGAGAUGGAUUUAAAGAAGUACACGUGGAGAAAAGUGCAGACACCUCAGCAAUAUUCCGGCCAUGUUCAAUCAGGUUGUUAUUUAGAGAUUUAAGAACGGAUGUCGUUGCAAAUGCAAUUAAAAUUAAGGUGACGUCGUUUUGAGUUGUUUUUGGUAGAAAAGGGCAGUACAAUGUAAAUAGAAGAAUGAGUGGUAUCGCUAAACUUCUUUUGUCAUUACAAUGUAAUACAAGUUUUGGGUUUGCUAUGACGAUUUCCAAUUCAAACAGUAAAGUCAAUGGGAUGUACUAAGAUGGCAAAUUUGCAAUUGAUCUUUCUGAAUUGGUGAAGAUGGUAAUUUGAUAGAUAAA